AUGGCCAUAGUGACUGGGAUUAAAGGCAAGCAGUCAUACAAGCUUGGCCCUGUAACUCCUGAACAAAUUCUGGCAAACCAUACAUCCGCAGUUGGGCACAUCGAGACCCUUAACUUCACCUUGGAGCCCACAACCAUGAGCUUAGGCUGCCAUGUGGAGGGCUCUUCUAUGUCUCCGUUUUGGUUCAGCUUGUUUGACAAUGGCACUAACUACUGCAACCUCUACAAAGUUAUGAAGGCAAGUGGACUUCCAAAAACUCCGGGAUUCGUUGAGUUCACAAAUGAGUGGCUCUGCCUUGGAUUUGGAGGUUCUGUCUGCAAAUGA